AUGAGUAUAACAUCAGAAAAUCGCCCUUUUAGUGCUUAUAAUAUUAAAAGCUUAGCAUUAAAUAAAACCCAAUCGCAGUAUAAUAUGAAUAGACCUUUCUCAGCUUUGGACUAAGAUACAUCAUCUCAAAAAUUAGAAUAAAGUGUCUCAUAAAGACUACUGAUGAAUUGGUAAUAAGUAAAAACAGCCAAGGAUAAAGAAGGUCUUUUUGAAGAAUAAGUUCAUUUGAUGAAUGAUUUGAAUAAGCUUAAGGAAGAUAAUUUUAGGAUGAAGGAGAGACAAAAGUAAAUUGAAGAUGAGUCAUAGAAAUUAGUUGAUUAUAUCUUGAAAAUAGAAUAGUUUGUGAUAAAAAAAAAAGGACCAAAAAUCUAUGAACAGUAGAGUAUGUUAAUAGUAAAUUUGAAGAAGCUGUUAGAAGAUAUGAGAGAAGAAAUUGAUCAAAAAGAAAUUCAAGUAGAAAGGAAUAAGAAAGAUCCUAAAUUUUUAAAAAGGAGAGAGUUUCAGAAUACUAUGGAAAUAUAUGAGCACUAUUUAGAAAUCAUAAAAUAACAGCAAUUAAGGUUAAAUAUUGAAACAAAGAGGAAUGAAGAAAAUUAAAAUAAUUUACAUUUUGAAGCAGAGGAUGAAAUACCUUAGGAAUAGUUUGAAUAGCUGAGUCCUAGAAGCAUGAGAAAGAACCUCAUUAAUCUUAAAACUAAUCUUACUAUUUUGUAAGACACAAAUGAUAAGUUAUCAGUGUAAGUAGACUAAUUAAACAAAUAAGGGAAGAUAAAGCGCUAUAGACUAGAGGAAUUGGAAGAAAUAGAAGAAGAGGAAAUGGAUGAAAUGUUUAGACUAAGCUAAUAGAUUGAAGACUACAGAUAGUUUGAGUUGGAAUAGAAAAAGGCAAAAGAAGAAUUUGAAAAGAUGCAAAAAGCAUAACCAUAAGAAAAAAACACAAAAAGUUAUCUUGAACAAAUAAAAGACUUCCAUAACAACGAAAGGAACCAAAUUCUUUUAAACCACUAAAAAGAAUAAAUUGAAUUGUAGGGAAAAUAAAUCAAAGAGCUUUAAGAAAUUCUCCAGACCCUUAAAAAAAAUGAUGUACUAGAAAAAGAGAGACUAAAAAAUGAGAAAGAAAAUUUAACAAAACAGUUAUAGAUUUUACAAAAAAAGUAUCAAAAAUCUCAAGCAACUCUUGAAGCUCUAGAUAACUAAAUUUAAUAGUUUGACAUUAAAAAUUAUCCUCAAAGUUUAGGUUAAAUUGUUUCUAUAUCCAACAACAUCUUACAAAAGCAUGAUACAGUGAAAAUUGUUAAAGUGCCUAAAAUUGAAUCAGAGUAAGUUCUCAGGAUAGCAAAAGAAAUCAAUUUUAGAUUAAGACUAAAAAGAAUUCCUUUAGAAAAUGCUGUUUAAAGACUGAUUACUCAAUAGAUAAAAAGAGUAGGAUUUACCUCUUUAGAGUAUCUGACUAAGAAGUUAAGAGGGGAUCCAUUUAAUGUCCCAGAUAAAAAAGAUGCCUUACUAAUUUCUAGAUUCUUAAUUGAAGAUAAUUAAGAUAAUAUGGUAGAAGUAAACUUAGGUGCUAAAUGUCACUACAAAGUAGCAAGGAGUGUUUUCAAAUUUAUUAUUGGGAAUGUAAAAAUAUAUGAAAGUGAUGAAGAUGAAAAAAUAGUCUGGGAAAAGUGUGUUGAAGAAAUAUCUAAAAAUAGUGCUGCUUUAAAAUAAUAUGCUGAAAUUUAUUUUUCUAAAAGAAAUUAAGAAACUAACUACUAAGUUAGUUGGGAACAAAUAAAAGAUACUUUUAACUAUGCAUCAAAUGACUUUGAUAAUAAAAUAAUAGAUUAUGUGUUAAUAAGGCUUUUCGAAGAAACAAACAAUAUUACUAAGCUUAAUUUUAUGAGGAUAUUUGAAAUAUUUAGUCCGUAAAAUUGGAAUAACAUGGAUGAGAGAUCGAAAAAUUCUUUAAUUUUUAAACCUGGUAUACUUUCAUAUAACUUAGAUUUUUAGCAUUACUCUAGUGAUUCUGAUGAAGGAGAUGAUACCUCACAAAUUUCAAACACUUAAACUUUAACAAAUCAAAAAAAUAAAACUAUAAAUACCAUAAAAAAUACAAAUUAAAACUAAAGCAAUAAUAACAGUCUCUAUUCUAAAACAUAAGAAGACUAGAAUACUUAGAGAAGCAAGGCUAUUUCUAAUAUUACUCCAUUUAGCACUUCAAGAAAAUGA